UCAUCCACUUGCCAGCUCCAGCAACUCCAAAAGAAGGAAAAAGAAGGCAAUACAUAGAGCGAUCGACUUCCAAAUGCGUUGGGCUUUCAUGACCGUAUCAUCACUGUAACAUCUCCGCCCUUCGAUUCUUCACCGCAAGAAAUGCCGGCCGGAGAACUCCAAUACCCUUCCCCGAUCUCUUGUCCGCCGAUUUCUCAAGCGACGGAAACUCCCAUGGAAGAAGACGAGGCGUGGGUGUGGGCCCAGAUAAAAGCCGAGGCACGCCGCGACGCCGAGUUGGACCCGGCUCUGGCCAGCUAUCUCUACUCGACUAUCCUCUCUCACUCCUCUCUCGAGCGCUCGCUCUCCUUCCAUCUCGGCAACAAGCUCUGCUCCUCCACGCUCCUGUCUACCCUUCUGUACGACCUUUUUCUCAACACUUUCUCCUCCGAUCGUUCGCUUCGACACGCCGCCGUCGCCGAUCUACGUGCGGCUCGCGUUAGGGAUCCUGCUUGCGUUUCGUUCUCUCAUUGCCUACUCAAUUAUAAAGGAUUCUUGGCAUGCCAGGCUCAUCGAGUAACACACAAGCUGUGGACUGAGUCACGCAGGCCACUAGCAUUGGCAUUACACUCUCGAAUCUCUGAUGUUUUCGCUGUUGAUAUACAUCCCGUGGCCAAGAUCGGGAAAGGGAUUUUGUUCGAUCAUGCCACUGGUGUGGUGAUCGGAGAAACCGCAGUUGUUGGCAACAACGUGUCAAUUUUGCAUCAUGUUACCCUCGGCGGCACUGGGAAGGCCAGUGGAGAUAGGCAUCCGAAGAUCGGGGAUGGAGUUUUGAUCGGGGCCGGUGCUACCAUACUAGGGAAUGUGAAGAUUGGGGAGGGAGCAAAGAUUGGAGCAGGGUCUGUGGUGCUGAUCGAUGUGCCACCGUGGACUACAGCUGUAGGCAACCCUGCAAGGCUUGUUGGAGGGAAGGAGAAACCAUCGAGACACAAAGAAUGCCCUGGCGAAUCCAUGGAUCACACUUCAUUCAUCUCUCAAUGGUCAGAUUACAUCAUUUGAAUAAUUUUACUUACUUUUGUUUGUUAUUAAUAUACUUUGAAGCUGUUCUGUUUUCGCAUGGUAUGAUGUUGAAGCUGUUAAAAUUGCAGUCUGUUUCUAUGACAUACUUAGCCCUAUGUUACCCGGACUGGAGACUUAAUAUAGUGAGCGUUUAAGUAUGUUUGAUCUCA